AUGAUCCGAUGCCGUGUUUCCGGGUCCUUCCCUCCCUGUUCCCUCCGACCGAUCUCAUCCCUCCUGGUCGUCUCCGUUGUUCGCCCGUCUCCGCGUCCCCUUCCCGCUCCCGCGUCACAUCCACUACCACCCUGGACUUCCGGCGAUUCCCCCUCCAUCCGAUCCCCUCCUUCCCGCACCUACAUCCGCGCGUCCUCCAGUAACACUGCGAGCGAUAAAUUAAUUCUCGUGUCCGGAGCUUCCAGUUUGGCUACCUCCCCUCCCGUUUCCGUGUGGGAAUUCCCCCUCCCGUAUGGCAAUCCUCCGUUCCCUGGUGACUCGACCCGAUCUCUCCCGUUCCGACUCCGCCGAUCUGUCAUCCUCCGUGGACAACUUGUGGUAGCCCUAGGGCAAUGGGGGUGGUGUAUCCCCGUCCUAGCCCCGCCAUCCCCGCCAGUCCGCCAAGUGUCUGUCCGCUCCGAACUCCCCCGCGGACUCCUCGAUUCCCCUGUCCCCCCCCCCCCGUUCCUCCCUUCCGCGCCUCCCUCAUCCCCCUCUCCCAAUCCUCCUGUCCGUGCGCCUCCAGAUAAAUCGUUAUUUGGGCGGUACCUACUCCGCUCCGACCGCCUCCCGUAUAGAGUCCUCGGCUCCUCUCCCCACUCGUUCCGCCCCCCCAUCCGUUUUAUGACCCCCAUUCCCCCCUCCCCCCCGACUACCGUGAGGACUCCUUUCUCCGUUGCCCGGGCCCUCCCACCGUCCCCUCCUACCAGCGUCCGGCCUCCCUCUCCGCACCUCACGUCCGGUCCCUCCCUUUCCCCUCCUGCCCUAUUGUCCACGCUCCGAGCCAACCCCCGUUACAGUCUCCUCCGCUCCUCCGCAACUCGCCCUACAACCCUGGUCCCACAUCGCCCACCUCCCGAACCGUUAAUUGUUGGCCGUACCCGUCCCUCCGUUGAUUCUCCCGGGGACGUUCCCGAGCUACCUCCGUCCGAUCCGCGACCCCCCCGCCUGUCCCGACUGCCGACUCGCCGAACCUUCCAGUUCCGACACCCGCCCCGGACGGUCCCGGUGCCGGGUUUUUACUUGAGAUCUUCCGCGACCGGUUACCCCGUCCUCACGAUCCCUCUCCGUCCUCUCCGAUUCAGGACUCCCUGCUGCAUCCCCCCAUCCCUUCGCGCUUCCGAAGUUCCCCCUCCUCCGUCCGUGGAUCACGAGGUGGGAUCCUGUCGUGUGCUCGCCCCGAGUCCCCUCCCGACGCGGUCCCCACUCCGUGUUGGGGGUGUCCGUACCCGCCUCCGACAACUCCCGUCCGCUCCCUCCGUCCCUACCCUCCGUUUUCGUCAACCUCCGAUAACUCCCCCUUUCCCGCACGUCCCGGGCUCCUCCCGCAACUCCUUCCCCCCCGAGGUGAACUCCCACAUACUCCGCUCCGCAUGCCAAUCCUCCCGAGCUCCACCCUUCCUCCAACUCCCUCCCCGUCCGUAUCCUUUCCCGUCCAUCUCACUUCGCUCCCCCCAACUCCUCCUUCCGCCAGUGCCGUCCUUCCUCGGUCCCGCCACCUCCGGUAUGCUGUUGGGUCCCUUGUUCCUCACCUCCCCAUCCGCCCUCGUUUUCCUCUCCUCCCCUACCUCCGAUAGCCCCGACCCUUCCACCGUUCCGGGGGUGCGACCUGGCCCUCCGUCCGUCCGUUUUACCCCCAGCUCCGGGAGGUCCCCCGGUAUCUGUUUCCUCUCCGUUGCACCAACCUCGCUCCCAUCCGUCCUCCUCCCCCCGUCGUCCGAUCCAGGGCCCGAUGCCGUUUUCUCCCAUUCCAGCCCUUACCGCUGUCCUAUCGAUUUUCCCCCCAGUGUGCCUGGUCCGUCCCCCGGUUGUUUUUCCUCUCCGUUCCAUAACUCCCGCCCCUGUCCACCGGAGUGA